AUGGCCAUUGUCGAGGAAGUGCACGAAGAAUCGGAUGUCAUUGCUUCUGUAGAGAACUUGAAGAAAGAAGGCAACACCAAAUUUGGUGAAGGGGAAUGGAGUGCUGCAGCCGAAAAGUAUAAAGAAGCAUUGGAGUUAUGCCCUGUUGAAAAUGAUCUGCUGCGAUCUAUUUUAUUUUCGAAUCUAUCGGCAGCCUAUAUAAAACAAGCUCUCUGGGAAGCAGCCGUCGAGGCUGCUACAAAUGCUAUCGAGGUUCGCGUUAUUCGGUUUUCCACAACUUUCGCGUUCUAUGCUCUAUGCUGUCAUUACACGGGCUUUUCAAGUCCAAUCUUAUCUAAUGUGCCUAACGAGAAAGCUCUCGAGCGA